AUGAGGCUCCUAGCAGCCCUGGCUCUUCUUGUGCCACUGGUGGCAUCGCGUUCUCUAGAACCAGACUCAUCAAGCCCACAUACUGCUAAAGUCAGCUACGAUGGAUACCAUCUUUACAGAAUAAGAGCUGCGGACCAGAAAGAAGCUGAAUUCCUCGCGAAGCGAUUUGCUACGUACCAUACAGAGCUUACUUCUCGUGGGUUUGAGGUCAUUAUUCCGCCAAAUGAAGUUCGCAAUUUCAACGAACUGGGUCUCAAUGCUCGUCUGCUGAGCGAUGAUAUCGGAUCACAAAUUCGGGAUGAAAGUAAGACACCAACUUACAAGCGCGAACUACACAAAAUUGGAGAGCUACCUGAUUUGAGCUGGUAUGAUUCAUUUCAUGCAUAUGAAGAUCAUCUCCAGUACUGGGAUGAUCUAGUAGCUGCUUUUCCAAAUAAUUCCAAAAAGUAUAAUAUUGGUUCUUCAUAUGAGAACCGUACCAUAUAUGCUUUCCAUUUCUUCGGUGAUAAGGGUAUAAAGGGAGAUAAGCCCAUCAUUUUGUGGCAUUCCACUGUUCAUGCAAGAGAAUGGAUCACAACAUUGGUAAUCGAAUACUGGGCGUGGCAGCUCAUUGACGGAUACAAAUCAAGGGAUUCGGACAUUACAAAAGUUCUCAACUACUAUGACUUCUGGCUUGUUCCAUUUCAUAAUCCAGAUGGCUUCUAUUAUACUCAAACCACUGAUCGAAUGUGGAGGAAGAACCGCCUGCCUCGUAGCAACACAACUUGCAUAGGAACAGAUCUUAACCGUAAUUGGAAGUUUGAGUGGGGAGGGGAGCCAGGAACGGGAGCCGCAUCUACAGAUCCAUGUGAUGAUACUUUCCAGGGCCUAGGCCCAGGUGAUACACCCGAGAAUAUCGUACUAUCAGGUCUCUCGGAUAAACUUGGGGCAUCACGGAAAGGGAUUCGCUCGUAUAUUGAUCUUCACAGUUAUGGUCAAAAGAUUUUAACGCCACCAGGGUGGACAUGCAAUACCUCUCAGUACCCACCUACACUCCCUCGGAUGAUUGAGGUUGCAGAGGGUUUUGCCAACUCUGUACAAGGGUAUGACAGCCGCAAUGAAACUUACCAAUAUGGAGCGGGCUGUGAUAUUGAGUAUUAUUCGGCUGGUAAUGGCCGUGACCACCACUAUGGCGUUUAUGGCGCAAAUCACUCCUGGACUCUAGAACUAGACCCAGUGACAUCUAGCCAAGGUGACUUUGUCCUGCCUCCGGAAAACAUUUGGCCUGUUGUGCAGGAACAGUGGGCUGGGGUGCUUUGGCUGCUCAAUGACGUUUGGCUCAAUUAG